CUACAUUUUUGGCAUGUUUGUGUCUCACACAUUUUCUGUGAAAGUUAAAAAAAAAAUAUUCACAGCUUCACGUUCCGAGCAUGAUUCAGGAAAGGCCACAUAUGAGAAGUUCCUCUUUUGUGUGCAUUUAUACUUGUGCUCUGCAGGCUGAGGGUCAGUGUGCAGUGGAGACAGACUGGGUAUUCUUCUGUUCUACAGAUAUAUAUUGGGCCAGGUGGUGCUGGACUACAAGCAACAGAAGACGGGAACCAAUUCCUCAACAAAUAGUCAUGAUUGAAGCAGAGAGGUUCAUCCUCAUUGGCUGCCUGCUGCAAGGAGCCCUUGGGAGAAAGUUUGAAGUCUGGAUGCCUCAGAGUAUAGAAGCUCUGAGUGGAUCCUGUGUGCUGAUUCCCUGCAGAUUUGAUAUAAAAUCUGAAUUUGACAGAGAUCUGACAGCUAAGGCUAAAGGACUAUGGAAAAAAAGUAGCAUUAACGGUGAAAUCGUGUUCGAUUCCAGCAGAACUGAGAACGAAAUUAAAGGAACAUUAACUGGAAAACUGAAGGAGAGGAACUGCACCACAAUCCUGGAUCGCUUCCCUCCAUCUUACAGUGAUUAUUUCUUCAGAUUGGAAUCCUUAAAUAAACUCAAGUAUGAUUAUACUCCAGCUGUCAAAAUUAAUGCAAAAGACUCUCCACCCAAACCCAAGAUAACCACAGAGAGGCUGGAGGUGAUGGAGGGGACCUCUGUGAGUUUGAGCUGCUCUGCUGCAGCCCCCUGUCCCGAACUCCCCCCAAAUCUGACAUGGACCCCCAGGCUGAGUGACAGUGUGGAUCAACUGCAAGAGAAUGAGGAUCGAACCAAAUCUGUGUCUUCUGUUCUGACCUUCACUGCUUCCCACCUCCACCAUGGGCAGAAGAUCACCUGCAGGGCACUUUACACACUGCAACAAGGAGACACUCAGAAGACAUCUGAGGCCAGUCUGACUCUCAGAGUUCUGUAUCCUCCUAAGAACACCUCAGUGUCAAUCAGUCCCUCUGGAUCAGUGUUGGCGGGCAGCUCUGUGACUCUGACCUGCAGCAGUAAUGCCAACCCAGCAGUGCAGAACUACACCUGGUAUAAAGUGAAUGGGACAGAGAUGAACACUGUAGGAACUGGACAAAAUAUCACCUUCACUGUGACUGAGUCCAGUGGCAGCGAACAGUACUACUGUGAAGCACAGAAUGAACAUGGCAAGGACAACUCAGCAAAUGUCCAACUAAACGUGAUAUACAUGCUUCAGAUAUCUGGCUCUGGGAGCUGCAGCAGAACUGAAGCAGAGAUCAGCUGCUCCUGUGAGAGCCGUGGGAAUCCCUCUCCCAGCAUGGAGUGGCGUGUGUCUGGACUGCGGGUCACUAACUCUACUGACAGAGUCAUCAGGGAGGAGCAGCUGGGGAACACAGGCCUGAGGAGCUCCCUCACCAUGCGCCAAUCACAGGGAGACACGCCCACUCUCCUCUGCAUCAGCACCAACACUCUCGGCUCCACCAGCCUCCAGCUCCACCUCCCGUCUCCACAGCAACGCUGGGGUAUUUACAUAUAUGGAUUUUUAUAA